ACCGCACUAACAGUUGCAGUUGAGGUGCUUUCUCGGUAGCGUAAUGCAAGGAGCUGUAAUAAUUGUGUUAGGUUUGGUGUUGGGAUUAGCUGCAAGCAGCUAUGGAAUUCAAGUGCAAACGACAACAACAACAACACGUCGGCCUGAUUACGACAACUCCUAUCCAGAUGCAGACAUUGAGCAGUACGAGUGUCCCAAAACCAAGAUCAGCGGCGUGUACAAACUGACGCCCAACGACACGGCCUUGGACCGGAUCGAGGUGUACUGCGACCACAAGCUCGCCGGCGGAGACUGGAUCGUGCUCCACAGGCGCGAUUCCGGUGCGUUGAACUUUACCCGAAAUUGGAACGAUUACAAACACGGAUUCGGUGACCUCGAGGGGGACCAUUGGCUGGGCCUGGAGGAGAUGCACCUGCUGACCAGACGGGGCCAGUACGAGCUGGGAGUGGUGCUGACCAGCUCGACCAACGAGCUGUGGUACGCGUUUUACGACUGGUUUGCGGUUGGGCCGGAGCGGGAGAACUACACGCUACAUCUAGGAGACUACACCGGCGGAACCGUGCACGACUCGUUGACGUUUCACGAAGGAAAGGACUUUUCAACCAGCGAUCACGACUCGUCCUCGGGAUGUCCGAAUAUGCACGCAAGCGGUUGGUGGUUCGGGCACUGUUACGAGGCAAACCUGAACGGACUGUACAAACCUGGCAAGCGAAUCGAUUCAAUGAGGUGGAACAAACUGAGCGACCUUGGACUGCUCGGAGCGAGCAUGAUGGUGCGAAAGUAUGACUCGAUCAGAGGACAGCACGAAUUCCCGUAUUAGCAUUAAAUAGCUGGUUUUAUUCUCCAAACGCUUCAUAUAAUAAAGAUACAGAAUCUUCACGCUCA